GAUGUCCCAUUAACGGAUGUCAUGUAUGUAAGAAUAAAUUGUAUGCAGAUACAGCUACUGCGUGGGAUGUCGCGCGUAGUUCGCUCGGUGUGGUGUGCUCCGUCUUAUCUAAUGUGGUUGGUGUACCUUACUCACUAUUGGCUUGUAUUCUGCAGUCGCUGUUACUACUCCGUUGCUAGAGUUCUGACCUCCAGGUCGCACGGGGGCUGUCGCUGGGAUGUGAUUGAUUGUUUUCAUGUGUGUCUCUGUGUUAGUCUAGAGUCAAAUGCUUGAUUCUUGAUUCUUCGCGGUGAUGUCUUAGGUUGACGGCUGUCAUUGUGCUGCUUUGCCAGUCUUGAAUGGGCCGUUUGCAUAGAGCACUGUUUCAAGAUCUACGGCACCACCAUGCAACCCCCAGUGGCCAAAGGAAUAGUAGGGUAUAGUCUGGUCAAUAACUGAUCCUUAAUCUUGGAAUUUUCUCAAAUCAUAGAUACAAAGCUUGGUCUGGGUAGUCAUACCCCUUGCGUUUAGCCAGAUGCCGACCCAUCCCAGGUCAUAAAUAUAACUAUGACACUCACCCACGAUCAAAAAAAUAUAUAGACUUAAGACCAAAGCUAU